AUGGAAAAAGAAAUACUUCUGUCUUUAGCCCAUAAUGCUAAUGCGCAGAUAAAAAAUGAAAUAACAGAAGUAAAUGAUGAAAUAAUUUUUUUGAACACCAAAUUAGAUAUAAAUAAAAAUAGUAAACUGUCUAACAUUGUAAAAACAAGAUGUAAUAAAAGAAAACAAAACAAAUCUGAAGAAUUAAAUAAUUUUUUUUUUAAAUAUAUAAUGUUUUUAUUAUCUAACAAAAGUAAUGACAAUAUAGAAGGAACUCAUUUUUAUAACAUGAUACAAAAAAAUGUGGAAAUAAAUGGGAAAAAAAGUGGGAGGAAAAAUGGGGAAGGAGAUUUACUAAAUGAACAAAGUAUAUAUAAUAAAAAAAGAGAUGAGAAUUUUUUAAAACAUAUGUAUGAAAAAAAAAAUGAACUUGAACAAAUUUUAGAUUUAAUUAAACUGAACGAUCUUGAAAAUUUAAGUGAUAAACAAUCAGAAGAGGUAUUUUCAAACUUAAUGUUAAAAUUAAAUAUGGAAACUGGUGUUGAAAAUGAAAAUAUUUUAAACUUUGAAGGUAUAGAUAAAGAAAUGAGCGAAUUAAAUAUCUCCGAAAAUAUGAAACAAAACCUUUUGAAAUAUUUAAUUGAAAAUAUUAGCGAUCCAAAUAUCAAAAAUUGUGAUUUGUCUACUGUACCUUCAACAGUUUCAUUAAUCGAUACGAGUGAAAAAGAAAGUGAUUUAGAAGAACUUAUAAAAUAUGAUAAUAAUAAUAAUAAUAAUAAUGAUAAUAAUAAUAAUAAUAAUAAUAGAAGAAAAAUCAAUGAAUUAUUUAAAAAUGGUGAAUCCUCAUUUAAUACCCCGUAUAGUAAUAAAUGUGAAUUAUAUGGAAAAAAUAACAUAGAAAAUAGUAUUUAUUACAAUAAAAAAUCUCCAUCAUUUGGUUCUAUCUUUUUAAAAAAAGAUAGUCAGAAUAUACUAUUAAAUAAAUUUAAUGCGAGUAGAAAAAGUUUCAAUGAGUUGCGUCAGAACACAAAUAAAUCAUUUUCAACAAAUGAGGUAUUAAUAAGAAAAAAAGAAAAAAAAAAAAACAACAAAAAAAAGAAAAAAAAUAAUAAUAAUAACAGUACAAACUUAUUUGAUGUGAAAUUACCGAGUUUGAAGAAACAGACAAAAGAACACAUUAUUAAUAAAAUAAGUGAUAAUAAAAGUUUGAUACAAAUUAACAAAUGUGAAAAUAAUCAAAAUUGUAAUAAUAAAGAAAAGCCAACUUUAUUGAAUAAAUACUGUCCUAUUCAACUUGGAAAUAAAAAUAAUAAAAAUAAAUUUUCAGAAAAAAAUGAUUAUAAUAAAAAACUGAAAGAAGACAUAUCUUCAUCUGAUUCAUCAUUAUCUGAAUCGAAAUCAAUAGAGAAUUUAUCAAAAAAUGAAAAAAAUGUUGGAUUUAAAAAGUUAUAUUUAAAAAUUAAUAAAGAAGGUAAAGGGGAGUUUAUUGCUAACAAAAAAAAAGGGAGUAAUUGUUCAAAAUAUAUUUACGAUUUUGAGAUAGUGUAUGAAAAUGAUGAGACAUUAAAACAAAAUGAAUGUGAAGAAAAUAUGAAUGAAAAAGAUAAAAAUAAAAAUAUAUUUCAUUUAUCUUUUCUCACAAAUGGGAAAAAGGUAUACAAAGUUAAUAAUUUAGAUAUAGAAAAUUAUGAUAUAAUAAACAAUUUAAAAAUUAUAAAUCAUGGAAAAAAUACCAAAAUAAAUACAACACGUUGUCAAAACAAACAAAUAAAAGAAAUAAUUGAAAAAGGAUUGUCUGAAUCUUUAAAUAGUAAUAAGGAAGAUGAAUAUAAAGAUGAAUUUUCAGAGUUUGAUGUAAAAAAUGUUGGAAACACAAAUAUAUGUAAUAAAUAUGAAUUAAAAAAAAUAGAAAGGGGAUAUAGACAGAGAAAAAAAUUAUAUUCCAAAAAAAAAGAAAAUAAUUUUGAAUUUAGAGAAACAAAUAAAAUUCGAGGGUUAUACAUACAUAUGUUAGAUCGACAAAAUCAAUUAGAAAUUGAAAAAGAAUUUUACAAAAAAGAAUUUGAAAAAUUACAAGAAGAUAUAAAAAAUAAUACAGCCCCAAUAAAUGAAUAUUUAAAAGAAGAAAAAUUAAAACAUUUUGAAAUAGAAAAAAUAUUUUAUAAAAAAGAAAAACAGUUUAUAAAAAAAAAAAAUUUAUUAAAAAAAAAAAUGCUAGAAAUAGAAAAUCAAUUAGAAAUAGCAGAAAAAAAACUAAUUAUGGAAAAAGAAAAAAAUGAAAAUUUAUUUUUAAAAAUACAAGAUGAAAAAAAUGAAAUUGAAAAGAGAGAAAGUGUAAAUGAAUCUAAAAUAAAAAAUUUAAAUUCAGAACUUGACAAAUUAAAUAAAUCUAUAUUAUUAGAACAAAAGGAAAAAGAUGACUUAUUAAAUGAAUUAAAUAUCUUAAAACAUGAAGAUAUUGAAUUUGGAAAUUUUAGAAAAAAUAUUUUAGACAAAAUUAAUAAAACAAAUGGUGAUAUAAAAUAUUUAGCAGAAAUAUUAGAGUUACUAACUAAAGAGUUAGAAAAAAAAAAUCUUCUACAAAAUUUAAAUGAAAAAAAAAUUAAAGAAUUAGAGGAAAAUUCACAAAAAACGGAAAAUAUUUUAAGAAUAACAAAAGGUAAAUUACUUUUAGAAAAAAAAAAAAAAAAAAAUUUAUUCAAAGAAAUUACACAUCUAAACAGAAAAAACAAAGAAUUAGGAAAAUGUAUUAAAGAUAUUAUGUUUAGACAAAAUUCAGAAAUAAAUUUUAAAGAAAAUACAAUGCAUCUAAUUGGUAUUUCUUCUGAUUAUGAACAAAAUCAAAACAAAAAAAGUACUUUACUUUAUGAUAGUACAUCAAAAACAAAUGUAAGUUUUGAUAGUUAUGAUAAUAUGCUUCAUUAUAAAAUUCAAUAUAAUUGUAAUAAUAAUAACAAUCUGAAGAAGAAAAAAAAAAACUCUGAAAUAGAACUCAUGAAUAAUACAAAAGGGGAAUACUAUUCCCUCAGUGAUAAAAAUGAUACAACAAUAUCUGGUAACUCUUCUUUAUUUUUAUUUAAUCCAAAUACAAAAAGUAAAAUUUCGUUUAAUAAUUUGAUAGAAAGUAUGGAUGAUUUAUCUGAAGAUGCUACUCCUGCUUUAAAGCAUAACAUUGUUUGUAAUUUUAAAACACGAUAA